AUGAGUAACGAUUCCGUUGAUGUCUCCACAUCGGGGAAGGUCCGAAGGCCAGGCACAGCUGACUCUGGUGUGUCCAUGUCCAAUGGACACUUCCUCGAUGAGCAUCAGCAAAAUGGACACACCCAACAGCCGGCAUCGUCUGAUAUAGCCAUCUGCGGUAUUGGACUGCGUCUUCCCGGAGGCAUUCGCAAUUGUGAUGACUACUGGGAUCUCCUUUAUCAUGGGGUAGAUGCUCGUAUCCCCGUUCCUAGCAGCCGUUACAACCUUGAGGGCUUUGACGACAGCCUCGGCGGCAAGGACUCGGUCAAGGUUAAGCACGGAUAUUUCCUCGACGAAGAUCUAUCAUGCCUAGAUACAUCGUUUUUCACAUUCACCAAAGCUGAGCUUGAGAAGGCUGACCCACAACAACGAUUGCUGCUUGAAGUCACUCGAGAGUGUCUUGAAGAUGCAGGAGAGGUCAACUAUCGCGGGCAGCAACUGGGCUGUUACAUAGGAACAUUUGGAGAUGAUUGGUUGAUGAUGAGCACCAAGGCGCCCCAACAAGGUGGUGUACACGCUGUUACUGGACAUGGCGACCUUAUGAUGGCCAACCGUGUUUCGUUCGAGUACGACUUUAGAGGUCCCAGUAUGGUGAUCAAAACUGGAUGCUCAGCCUCAACAAUCGCUCUGCAUGAAGCAUGUCGGGCCAUCCAGAGGGGCGAUGCGUCGGGCGCGGUUGUUGGAGGUGCCAGCAUGAUCACUACUCCCGCUCUCACGGCUACCAUGUCUGCAGGCGAGCUGCUUGCUCCAGAUGGCUCCUGCAAGACAUUCGAUGCUUCAGCAGACGGAUAUGCCAGAGCUGAAGCUAUCACAGCCAUUUAUAUCAAGCCUCUCGCCGAUGCCCUUCGCGAUGGCAACCCGGUGAGGGCUAUCAUCAAGGGUACUUCCACAAAUUGCGACGGGAAGAGCGUUAGUCUUGUCACUCCCAAUGGAGUUGCACAAGAGGCUCUCAUGAGGAAGGCCUACCGCGAUGCUGGCUUGGAUCCUCGAGAGACAGCAUUCGUCGAGUGUCACGGUACUGGUACACCGACAGGCGAUCCCAUUGAAACCACGGCUGUGGGUAAGGUUUUUGGCGAGAAUGGAAUCUACAUUACUUCGGUCAAGCCCAACCUGGGACAUUCUGAAGGUUCCGCCGGCCUGUCUUCUGUGAUCAAGUGUGUUCUCGCCCUCGAGCACAAGAUCAUUCCACCCAACAUCAAGUUCAUCAACCCCAACCCAAAGAUUCCCUUUGCAGAGUACAAAUUGACUGUUCCUGUCAAGCCAACUCCAUUUCCGUCAGACCGUAAACAGAGGGUCAGCAUCGAUUCAUUUGGCAUUGGCGGGAGCAAUGCACAUGUCAUUCUCGAGCGUUACGCACCUUAUUCAAACGGCACAGUUCAGCCAAACGGCACUGCUCGUGAGAAUGGGCAUGAAGUGCUCCAAGACCCUGGUCCACCCAUGGAUCAACCGCCAAAGCUAGGACUGCUUCUCUUGUCAGCCAACACAGAGGUCUCCCUCCAGCAGCAGAUCAAGAAUCAUCAAGAGUGGUUCUUGCAGCACCCAGAGUCGAUAUCGGACCUCACCUACACUCGCGCCAUGCACAGAGAACACUUACCUCACAGAGCAUAUGCCAUUUUGGACGGGGCCAGCGUCACUGAAACUUCCGGGCCCAUGAAAGCACUGUCGGACCCACUACCAUUGGUAAUGAUUUUCAGUGGUCAAGGUGCACAAUGGCCUGAAAUGGCCAAGGAGUUGAUCGAGAGCGAUCAUGCAUUUCGCACAGACCUGCUCAAUAUGAAUGCAGUAUUGAAACGGCUAAGUUUUCCGCCAACGUGGAACCUUAUAGGUGAGAAGAGUGAAUCUUUCAGCAUCGAGUGUGCGUUUGUUAAUCCUAGUCAAGAUGAACUUCUCAAGUCGCCCGAGACUACCCAAGUCCACAAGGCAGAACUCUCUCAGCCUCUGUGCACAGCAGUGCAAGUGGCCUUGUUCAACAAAUUUGCCGCCCUGGGCCUCAGGCCUACUGUUGUCGUUGGCCAUUCAAGCGGUGAAAUCGCUGCUGCGUACGCCGCUGGUUUCAUUUCAAUGGAGGAAGCAAUAACCAUUGCCUAUUACCGCGGCUAUGUCACAACAAAGCAAAGCCUGAUCGGAGGCAUGGCAGCCAUUGGAAUGGGCGCCGUCGAAGUGUCCGAACACUUGUGUGAUGGAGUCGUCUUGGCUUGCGAAAACAGCCCGAACAGCUCCACCAUCUCGGGUGAUGCCGACAAGGUCGACCAAGUUGUUGAGGCCAUCAAACAGAAGAUGCCUGACAUGUUUGCCCGCAAGCUCAAGGUGAAUAUGGCGUAUCAUUCCCACCACAUGGUUCCCCUCAGCACCGAAUAUCACGAUCUCCUCAAGUCUGACUUGCCGGGGCUGUCGCAAGAUCUACCUCCAGCGAAAGCCGAGAUGUUCUCUUCGGUGACAACUAAGCUGAUGGAUGAUUCCAUUCGCGACCCCUCGUACUGGGUGAAGAACCUCACGUCUCCAGUCAGGUUCUCCCCAGCGGUCUUGAACUUGCUGGCAGUCAAAGGUGAAUCCAUCUUCAUUGAGAUCGGUCCUCAUUCUACGCUCGCUGGCCCCUUACGCCAGACUUGUUCUCAGGUGUCUCAGCCGUGUCACUAUGUGACAACCCAGUCUCGUGGCAAGGACUCUGUUGCUGCAUUCCUUUCCGCAAUAGGGAAGCUGUACCAAGGAGGACUCGAGAUGGACCUGUCGCCCAUGUUCUCCAUUGGGAAAGCAAUUUCGGGGUUGCCUACGUACCCAUGGGAUCACAAAGAAUCAUACUGGUUUGAGAGUCGCAUAUCCAAGGCAUGGAGGAGUCGGCAGUAUCCUGACCAUUGUCUCCUGGGAUCUCGUAUCCUUGAAUGCACCGACGCUGAACCGCAAUGGCGGAACAUUCUCCAUGUUGAAGACGAGCCCUGGUUGGUUGAUCACAAGUUGCACGAAGAUAUCGUGUUCCCUUUUGCCGGAUACGUGGCUAUGGCUGGCGAAGCUGUCAGGCAGCUUACUCACUCGCCUCUUGGCGCUGGAUACCGUCUUCGACAUGUCGUGGCACAGACAGCCCUUCUAUUGUCUGAGUCGGCUCCAACAGAGCUGAUGACAAGUCUACAAAGACGCAAGCUUAACGACACGGAAUUCUCGGAAUGGUUUGAGUUUUCGGUUUCGUCGUACAGCGGGUCAACCUGGGUGAGGCAUUGCACUGGCCAAGUGAGCCUCCUCGACAACGCCAGGACCCGCGACUGGGUGCCAGAAGUCCUUCCUCGCAAGGUUGAUGUCUCCCGCAUCUACAGUCGGUUGGCCAGUGUAGGUUUCAUUUAUGGGCCCUCAUUCCGAGGACUGUCGAAUGUCACAUCAGCAGUCUCCGAAGAGCUUGCCUUCGCCCAGAUCAUCAACCGAGGCCAACAGAGUCACUCCCCUUUUACGCUUCACCCAGCAACAAUUGAUGCCGGCCUUCAGUUACUCUUGGUCGCACAGGCGAAAGGUUUAGGGCGAAACCUAGCCCAACUUUGCGUACCGACUGCCAUUGAGGAGCUCGAGAUUGGCCCAGGUGCAGAUGUCAUGGACGCCAAAGCAUGGAACAUGUAUGGAGUCGAGCCAUGCGUCGAGUUCAUGUCGGGUGAGGAUUUGACAUUUCGGGCUUCCGGGAUUCAAUUCCAUGCCCUAGGAGACGACGAAACCCCUGAGACACUCGACGUUCACGCUGCAGCAAGGUUGAAGUGGCUCCCACACUUUGACUUCGUCGAUGUGUCAACUCUUUUCACACCACCGACAUCUUCCGAGCAUGACUCUCGACUGUAUGAAGAGCUAGGCUUGCUCCUCAUUCUCGAAACGGCAGAGAGGGUCAGGUACCUUAAGCCCUGCCAGCCUCACUUCGCGAGGUUUCGAGACUGGGUCAAUCAACAGAUUGGAUUUGCGGCAGCUGGAAGCUACAAGCUGGUCGAGAAUCCUGAGAAGCAUGUUGCUCUCUCAGGAGCUGAGAGACUGGCCAAGAUUGAGGAACUUACUACCCUUCUACUGGAACUACCACAAAGAGCCAUUGUCAUCGGCAUGAGGCGUCUCUUCGAUAACAUUGACAAGAUCUUUACGGGUGAAGCCGACACACUCGACAUCCUUCUCCAAGACAAUAUUCUUGCCGAGAUUUACGAUGUCAUGACAUUCGACUACUCCAAGUUCCUGCGCCUUUUGGUUCACACCAGGCCGAAUCUGCGAGUCCUUGAGCUCGGAGCAGGGACUGGUGGUACUACAGAGACCAUUCUGCGGAACAUUGUCGAUGUCCAUGGAGUACCGGCAUAUUCUACCUAUACCUUCACCGAUAUAUCCGCAGGGUUUUUCCCGGCUGCCAAAGAGCGUUUUGCGCAUGCUUCUAACCUCGAGUUCAAAGUACUAGACGUGUCUCAUGACCCGCUUCAGCAAGGCUUCCAAGAGUCGAGUUAUGAUCUCGUCAUCGCAGCAAAUGUCCUGCAUGCAACACCUCGUUUGCAACAGACGUUGAGCAAUAUACGGCCUUUGCUCAAGUCGGAUGGAAUGCUCGUGAUGACAGAGUUGUGCAGCGUAACUCGGUCACUCAAUUACAUCUUUGGCAACUUUUCAGGGUGGUGGCUGGGAGAAAAAGACAAUCGUUUCGACCAACCCUAUGUCCCAGUAUCACGAUGGGAUCAGGAGCUAAGAGCCGCCGGGUUCAGCGGAGCUGACGCUGUUACAUUCGACGCCGAAGAACCACAUCGACGUUCCGCCGUCAUAGUGGCCAAGAAACAGCCUGCUCGGGUCUCCAGCCCAUCUAGCAUCACUCUACUAUGCGGGAACCCCGAGGGAGAGGUUGCUGGCAAAUUGGCUACUACACUUGAAGAAAGAGGUUGGGCCAUUGCAAAGCGUCGUCUCGGAGACGAUAUUCCCGAGGGCCAGGACAUCAUUUCCUGUCUUGAUCUUGAGGCCAACUUCUUCCAAGAUAUCCCAGAGGAAGCGUUUGCCACUUUUCAGCAGUUCGCUAGGACUGUCGGCUCAGGCAGGAUUCUUUGGUUGACAGACCCAAUCCAGGUCGAGUGUUCAAAUCCACGGUCUGCACAGACGCUGGGUGUAGCUCGUACUCUGCGCUCAGAACUUGGGCUCAACUUCUACACACUCGAGGUUGACAGCAGGGAGAACCAAUUCCCUACUCUGGUCUCUCAGCUGUUCGAAAAGAUCGUCCAGGACGAAGACAACGAGAACCUUGAGCCGGAUAGGGAAUUCGUCAUCAAUCACGGAGUCAUCUGUGUUGGACGUUAUCAACCCUUCCCAUUGUUGGACGAAGCUUCCCCCAGAUCCGACCAAGGUCAAGGGGAGGUGAUGAAAAAGGUGGAUAUCGACAAACCGGGUAUGUUGGAGACGAUGGACUGGAGAAUUCUCCCGAUCCCAGACACGAUUCCGGAAGAUCACGUUGAAAUCGAUGUUCGUGCUGCUGGCCUCAACUUUCGAGACGUCGUUUACGCUAUGGGUCUCAUCUCAUCUCAAUCCUCAAAUCUUUCCCUGGGAAUGGAAGUAUCUGGCACAGUCAGGAGACUUGGAAGUGCCGUGACGGGCCUCAACAUCGGCGACCGAGUCAUGUCCUUCACCUACAUGGGUGGCUUCUCCACGCACGUGGUUGUCGCGGACCACUUCGUGCAUAAACUUCCAGAUUCCAUCAGCUUUGAGGAGGCAGCGACGAUCCAGGGCUGCUUUGCAACUGUGGUCUACGCACUCCUUGAUGUUGGAAGGCUGCGCAAGGGAAUGAGCGUACUGAUACACUCAGCUUGUGGUGGUGUUGGAUUAUCUGCUAUCCAAGUCAGUCAAAUGAUGGGUGCAGAGAUAUAUGCUACAGUCGGGAGUGAGAAAAAGAAGGACUAUCUGGUCGAGACCUACAACAUCCCACGAGAACGAAUCUUCAACUCGCGAGACGCCUCAUUCCUUGAUGGGGUGAUGCAGCAGACAGCAGGAAAAGGAGUGGAUCUUGUUCUGAAUUCGCUCCCCGGCGAGCUCUUACACGCUUCAUGGAAGUGUGUUGCAAAGAACGGAUCAUUGCUUGAGCUCGGGAAGCGUGACCUCGCCGGAUUCGGUCAGCUCGAUAUGAGUCGUUUCCUGGACAACCGAUCGUACUGUGGUAUCGAUGUCAUGUACAUGAUGAAGGAACAAGGCAUUGUUCUCCGCGACGUCUUACAAAGAACCCUAGCUUUCUUUGAGCAGGGAAAGCUCCGUCCACUGGAACCCAUCACGUCGUUCGACGCAGCUGACAUCAAGCAAGCCUUCCGCUAUCUUCAGAGUGGCAAUCAUAUUGGCAAAGUGAUCCUGAAACUACCUGAGGACUUGUCGACUCUUGAAGCAAGAGCAACUGCUGAAAGCAUCAAGUUCAAUCCUGCUGCGGCCUUCUUACUCGUCGGUGGCUCGGGGGGUCUUGGACGAUCUCUGGCUAUCUGGAUGGCUGAACAUGGUGCCAGACACCUCGUCUUCUUGUCAAGAAGUGUCACAACAAACAACCCAGUUUCAGCAGAACUUGAAUCCAUGGGAUGCACUGUUACCAUGAUCAGGGGGAGUGUCAACAACCUUGAAGAUGUCAAGGAAGCGAUCGAAAAGUCACCGGCUCAGAUCAAGGGCGUUUUCCAUCUUGCAAUGGUGCAAAGAGAUUCUCCAUUCCUUGACAUGAAGUGGACGGAUUGGAGAGACGCUAAUGAACCAAAAGUCCACGGUACAUGGAAUCUUCAUGAAGCGUUCCUUGGGCAGCCUCUGGACUACUUCUGGCUAGCCAGCUCUACCGUCACGGUUGUUGAUCAGCCUGGACAGGGGAACUACAAAGCGGGAUGUACUUUUAUCGAGUCAUUCUGUCAGUACCGGCAUUCUCUUGGCCUCCCAGCUUCGGUCCUCUCCAUUUGCCCCAUCGAAGAUGUCGGCUUUGUGGCCGAGAACCCGGCGGCACUUCGAAGCAUCAAGCUGCAGGGCCUCUACACGCUGGGGGAGAAAGAGUUCUUGGACAGUGUGGAAGCUUCACUUGUCAAUUCGAUGGCACAGACAAGUCAGGACACGGGCAACUUUACGGAUGUCUCAUCAGAUUCCCUCUCUGCGUGGGAAAGCAAGGGACACAUCAUCAUGGGUCUGAGAUCAGAGCUUCACCUUGAUAAUCCCAAAAACCCAACCAACUGGCGUCGAGAUCGACGAAUGGGAAUUUACCACAACCUAGCCAUUGGAGAAGCAUCUGACGCCCGAGGCGAAAGCCACAGUCUCAAGGAAUUUCUGCAGAGCUUGACCGAUAGCGACGGCGCGGAUAUCCUUGCCAAGGAGUCAACAGUCGAUUUCUUGGCUGUGGAGAUUGGAAGAAAGAUCAACGAUUUCUUGCUCAAGCCAGACACUACCAUCGAUACAAGCCUUCGGCUUUCCGAGAUGGGUCUGGAUUCUCUGACGGCGAUCGAGUUGCGACGAUGGUUCCGCCAGGCAUCAGGGCUUCAGGUUAGCGUAUUGGAAAUGAUGGGCGCUGCAUCCUUGAGGCAGCUUGGAGAAACUGUGGCGGCGAGGCUUGGAGAGAAGGUGGCAGCGGGCUUGGCAUGA